CACGACCACAUCAGUUCACAUCUAUAUCAAUUUUUACUUUUUUUUUUUACUUUCAUCCCCUUUAUAUAUUCUCUCUGGGCUAUAUACACAGAAUAUACAUGGAUUCGUCAAUCAAAGGAGAGCAAGAAAUGUUAAAAAUGAAGAAACAAGGUCAUCAAGAUCUUGAGUUGGGUUUGACCUUUUUGCCACGUGGAACGAACUCAUCAGAGCUCAAUCUCAUUGAUUCUUUCAAAACCAGCUCAUCAUCGACUUCUCAUCAUCAUCAUCAGCAGCAGCAGCAGCAAGAACAUUUGACAGAUCGGAGAGUGUUUUCAUGCAAUUAUUGUCAAAGAAAGUUCUAUAGCUCACAAGCACUAGGCGGCCACCAAAACGCUCAUAAACGCGAGCGCACCUUAGCCAAACGUGGACAGUACUACAAGAUGACUCUCUCAUCUUCGCCUUCUUCAGCGUUUGCGUUUGGCCACGGUUCAGUCAGCAGAUUCGCAAGCAUGGCAUCGUUACCACUACAUGGCUCGGCGAAUAACAGGUCAACCUUAGGGAUUCGAGCUCAUUCAACGAUCCAUAAACCCUUCUUAGGAAGACAAACAACGAGUUUAAGUCAUGUUUUUAAACAGAGCAUCCACCAGAAACCGACCAUCGGAACGAUGUUGCCGGAUAAAUUUCACCUUGAAGUCGCCGGCGGUAAUAACCGUAACGUGAUUGCUGCUAAGUUGGAGAGAACCNCUAGGUCAGAUUGCACACAUCAAAAGUGUCCUUUUUUCUUUAAACAUCAUUCAAUUUGA